AACAUCCGUGUUCGGACGGUUCAGGGGCAGCAGUAUCAGUGUCGGUCCGGAGUCAAGUUUCGUGGAGAUCUGGAGCAGCGCUUCAUUCUGGUGGACUGUCAGACUGUGAUGUUCGGGACGUACAGCUUCACGUGGUCGUUUGAGAAGAUCAACCUCAGCAUGGUUCUGGUGAUCACAGGUCAGCUGGUUAGCACUUAUGACGAGGAGUUUCGGAGGCUGUACGCUCGCUCCACCGUCCCUGCAGUCCUGUCCAAAUCACCCGCCCUGUACCUGAGAGACACUGUGCCUGUGCAGAGCCCCAACUCCAGCCAGCUGUCCCUCCACCAAAUCCACACGAGACCCAAAGUGAUGCACGGCAUGAGGAGCGCUCAGGAUGAGAGGCUGAACAACGCCGCCGUCAUGACGAGGGGCCUGAGCGUGCAGGAGAGGCUGCAUCAAUCUCACUGUCUGGACACGGUGAAUAUGGUGCGAGGGCACAGCUAUGGCGGAGAGCUGCAGAAGUUAAACUCCAUGACUCGGCUGAGGAUGGGGACCAAAGAUAUCCCUCCUCCCGAGGCGACUGGACUUAACAUGAGAGGCGGCGGCGGCGGCGACAUGCUGCUGACAAACAGGUUGUCUCAGCAGCACCUUCGACACCGGAUUCGUUACGGAGCAGACCAGAAUCUGAUACCGUUCAACUCCGAAACUUCGCUCCACAGGUGGAAAAUGGACGCGUACUUUGACGACAGAGACCCUUUAGAUGCAUCAUGUGACGCGAUAUCCCCGUUGGCGUCUCCGUAUAGUAGUCACACGGGCUUAAACGAGCAGCUGCUUCACAGCAGGUCGAGGGACAUUAAGUCCAGGAUGGAGGAAAUGAGGCAGAAGAGGCUCAGUCUGCAGGAAUACGCCAAUCUCCGGCAGAGCCAAGAGUCCCUGAGGUCCAUGUUUCUGGACAGAUCAAAAUAUAUGUCUUCGUUAAGAGGUCUGGACAUGAGGCAGGGUGUCGCAGAGUUAGACCCAAAUGCUCAAAACGGUCUGGAACCGACAAACCACAAAGACAUUGAGACAAACAAAGACGGCGACAUAAGACCACAAACUUUCACCGACGGCGUCCGCUCUGCCUCACAUUACGAUGUCACGGCGGCUCCAGAUCGGAAGACGAUGCAGACGUACGACUGGCACGAGCCUCUUUCCAGGACGACCUCAGAUUUAGACAUGAAACUAACCGAUCCGACGCUCAAACUCGCACACUUGCAGCCCAGCGGUCUCCAGCACCCGAGAGCGAUGGAGUCUUUGACCGAGAUCCCCGAAGAGAAAGAGGGUUCACGAGUCAACAGUUCGGACUCGGCUGCAUUCAAAGAGGGAAAUGAGGAGGUUCAGAAAGAAGAGAAACCUGCACCAAAGGAGAACUCCUUGAAAUCCAGUUUACCUGCAGAAUCACGGCGCCACGAUCAAGCCAAAGACAGCGCCAGCUCUACGGGUGAGGUCCAAAGCAACGUGCAA